AAAAAAAAGGGUUGAAGGGCCAUGAUGUUUAACAAUCUCACAUUCUAACCCCCAAAUGGCUAAUACUUAUUUAUCAAUGAAAUAAAAUAAAUUAUGAAAUUUGUAAGUAUUAAGUAUUUGAAUGUGUCCAAGUAUUUGACGUUUUGAUUUUUCACACUUGUUAAUAUUGUUAUACCUACAUAUAGUUCUACUACCUAACUGGAAACUGCCUAAACAAAUAGCAAUUAAUUUAAUAAAUAAUUGAAAUACGUAAUGCAAUAAUAUGUGAUUUGUUUUUUUUGUUUCUAUUAAUUGUUACUAAAAGUUGGUACUAACAUUCAGCACUAAGUACGCAUCUAAAUUGCCAAAACUGCUUUAAAUUAGCCAACAGCUAAAUCAUUUAUGGCAAUACAUUGUCACUGUGAAUGAUCAAAAUUAGUAGGUAAGAAUUGACAAAUACUAAAAAGACCUACCUUCAUUAUGGAACCAUUAAGAACACCUGUUAACAAUUCUGCAAUAAAUGCCAAAUAUGAUUAUAUAUUACACAGUUCUAGAGUGUUGACCAUUCCACUCAUUAAAUGUGAUGAUCAAGUAUUUAAUAGAGUUAUUAAACGGGAAAUUACUGAUGAAAUAGACCAUAAUCAUGAUAAUCAAGUAUUUAAUAAAGUUAUUAAACGAGAAAUUGUUAAUGAAACGGACCAUAAUAAUGAUAAUCAAUUAUUACGAAAAGGAACUUUAUGUCGAUCCGGAGAAGAAGUAAUCAAAACUGAAACCAAAAUAAAAAUUGAAAAAGAUUUAAUCGAGAACAAUGAAUUUGAAGGAACUGUUUUUAAAGACAGCCAAUCUUCAGAACUCAUCACUUGUAUGAAUUUGGACAAGAUAUUCCCUCGGGAAAGAUUCGGUGAGUGUAGUAAAUCAGUUUCUAAUUCAUAUAAAUAUCAAGUGGAUAAGAAAUUUCAUACCGAGCAUAAUCAUUACAAAUGCAAUAUCUGUGACAAAAUAAUGUCCUCAAAAGCAGUUUUGACAAGACAUUUGAAGAUUCAUCAUACUAAAAGAGAAAAGGUAUUGGUUUGUAACUAUUGUAAUAAUUCAUUUUAUAUCAAAUCAGACUUGAAAGUACACAUACUGCUUCAUCUUGGAGAAAAGCCACAUGCAUGUGAUAUUUGUGAUAAAGCGUUUACUCAGGCAGCACAUUUAACAAGCCAUAAAAGAACACAUACUGGAGAAAUGCCGUAUAGGUGUGAUAUCUGUGAUAGAAAGUUUUCUCAAUCAAAUAGUUUAACAAUGCAUAGAAGGACACAUACUGGAGAAAAGCCGUAUAGAUGUGAUAUCUGUGAUCAAGCGUUUUCUCAAUCAACACAUUUAACAAUCCAUAAGAGAAGACAUACCGGAGAAAAACCUUAUAAAUGUGAUGUUUGUGAUAAAAGGUUUAUUGAAUCAGCACCUUUAAAAGGUCAUAUGAGAACACAUACUGGAGAGAAGCCAUAUAAGUGUAAUAUAUGUAAACGAAGGUUUACUCAUUCGUAUAGUUUAAACUCCCAUAUGAGAACACAUACUGGAGAACAGCCUUUUAAAUGUGAUAUCUGUGAUAGAAGGUUUUCUCAUUCAACUACUUUAAGAGUGCAUACAAGGAUACAUACCGGAGAGAAGCCAUAUAUAUGUGAUAUUUGUGACCAUAGGUGUUCUCAAUUGGGACAUUUAAAAAGCCAUAUGAGAUCACAUACUGGUGAAUUGCCAUACAAAUGUAUUAUAUGCGAACGAUCGUUUUCUCAUGCAAGUUCUUUAAAAACGCAUACAAUGACACACACUGGAGAAAAGCCAUACAGAUGUAAUAUCUGUGAUAAAGCAUUUACUCGAUCAUCAUAUUUAACAUGCCAUAUGAGAACUCAUACCGGAGAAAAACCAUUUAAGUGUGAAAUCUGUAAUAAAGGGUUUUAUAUUGCAGGUAGUUUAAAAAUCCAUACGAGGAUACAUACCAUGGAGAAGUCAUAUAAAUGUGACAAAUGUGAUGAAGUGUAUUCUCAAUCAAAAAAUUUAAAAAUUCAUAUUAUUAAAACACACAACAGAGAAAAGUCAUAUAGAUGUCAUGUCUGUGAUCAAGCGUUUUUUCAAGCAGUAUAUUUAAAAACCCAUAUGAGAACACAUACGGGCGAAAAACCAUUUAAAUGUGAUAUCUGUGAUAAUAGGUUUUCUCAUAAAAGUAGUUUAGAUAGGCAUAUAAGAACACAUACCGGAGAAAAGCCUUUUAAAUGUAAUAUCUGUAAUAGAUGGUUUUCUCUUGCAAAUAAUUUAAGAUCCCAUAUGAGAACACAUACUGGUGAACAGCCUUUUAAAUGUGACAUCUGUAAUAAAAGAUUUACUCGUUCAGAAAGUUUAAAAACGCAUACAAGGACACAUACAGGAGAGAAGCCGUAUAUAUGCGAUAUCUGUGACCAUAGGUGUUCUCAAUUAGGACAUUUAAAAAGCCAUAUGAGAACUCAUACUGGUGAAUUGCCAUAUAAAUGUACUAUAUGUAAACGAUCGUUUUCACAUGCAAAUAGUUUAAAAAUACAUACAAGAACACACACUUGAGAAAAGCCAUACAGAUGUAAUAACUGUGAUAAAGCAUUUUCUCGAACACCAUAUUUAACAGGCCAUAUGAGAACACAUAUUGGAGAAGUCUUAUAAAUGUGAUAUCAGUGAUAAAAGAUUUGCUCAUCCAGAGAGUUUUAAAAGGCAUAAAAAACACAUCCCGUAGAAGAACCUUUCAAAUCUUUGAGAUACGGUAUUUUGUCAAGGAGCUUAUUCAAUAAAACAUUCAAGGAUAAAACUGAUGAAUAAAUACGAUCUACAAGACAACAUUUUAAAAAACGAGUCUUAAUAAUGAAAAUAUUAUUUUUAUUUUUACGACUAGGUAAUAAUUAUUCAUUUUUGAGAGAGAAAGGGAAAAUAUAGUGUAUAAUAUUCCUGUAAAUAUAUAAGUACAUUUUUUGUCAACUAAAUAAUAGGCACUGUCAGCGGAGCGCUCAAGGGACUAAGCUCUGCAAAUAUUUUCCAAAAUUUUUUUAAGCUUAUUUUAUAAUAUUUUAGGACGGCUUAUAACUAUUGCCCUAUUAAGUAUUUCAUUUGUUCCUGUGAAUAUCAUAAUAUAAAAUUAUGUAAUGUAAUAUUGUAAUUUAAAAACUAUAUACUUUUUGUUAAUGUAUUACUCUGUAUCUCUAACUCAAGGUUUUCUAAAAAAGAUAGAUAAUCAUGUUAAUCAUAUAAGUUUAUUGUAUUAUGUAAAAAAAAAUAUUUUUGAAUAAACAAAAACAAUAAUUUACAAA